AUGGAAGGGAGCGGUAUAGAUCUAUAUGCAGCAAACCCCGUAGUCAUGAAGUCAAACAGAACACUUCUCAGUUUCAAAUACAUGGACUUCUCGUUCAUAAUCUUCUCAAUAGAAAUGUAUCAACUUGCACCCAUUGCAACUCCCCCAGCUUUCCAAGCGCAUCCAUCAAUCUCCCCCACGAACUGUAACCCCGCCAUCCCACCCCAAUCUCUCGAGCCAUUGUUCCGGACAUUCAUAUGA